UGACACGUCAGUAGAAUUUCAUUUUUGCACAGAUAUAGAAUAACACUUUGGAGAAAUUUAGUUAUAAAUAAAGCUGUAGCCAGUGCUUGGAGCUUAAAUCUGACACUAGCGAUAAUAUAAACAAAAUUUCGCUAACAAAAAAAAAAUAUUUAAAAAAGUAGAGGAAAAAAUUUUACAAAACAAAGAAUUGCAAAAAUGUCUAACGGAGGAGAUGAAUUUGAUGGAUGCGAGUGUGUCUGGAGCCAUGAAUUUGUAAUGCAACAGCUACUGGCACUGAUGCGUCGCAGUCAAACAAAUUGCAAUGAUGUGGAAUGUAUUGAUGUAUCUGGACGUUUACAGCAACCAGCUGUAGCACGUCAAGAUGAUAAUAUUGUUAUGAUGGUUAUGUUUAUGAUUCUUGCUGUAAUCAUGUAUUUAAUACGCCCCGAAACUUUAUUAAAGUUUACAAAUACCAAACGUCGUACUCCAGAUGGAGAUGAACGUCAUGGGGAUCCUCCUCCACCACCAGCACCGCCAGCUAUUCAUUAAAAAUACAAUAAGUAACGAAUUUAUAAAAUUUAUAUUCCGUUUAAAAAAAAUAUAUAUGUUUUAUA